AUGAUUUUAGACAAAUUGGCCGAAGUUCGUGAACGUAAUUUUAAUUCAAUAAAAGUGCUAUUUGGAGUUUCUUAUGGAUUAGGCGUUAAUUUGACCGCACCCAAUUUCCCCGUAAAAUACCAAUUGAAGCAAGAGAUCGAUAAUAUAAUGACUGACAUUUGGCGCACCACUCGUCGGCAAAUAUUGUUUUAUUUCUCUUGUUGUUUGGCGAUUGUGUGCAACUACUUUUUUGCUGCGUUAUUUGUAAAUCUCUACAAUCAGCUAAAGCAAACACCCAACUACAAACAUAUUCUGCCCUUUCCUGCUUUAUAUUCGUUCUGGGAAAACAAGGGCAUGACAUUCCCCUACUAUCACUUGGAAAUGUUCUUGAGCGGCAGUGCUGUGUAUAUUGCUGGAAUGUGUGCCGUAAGUUUUGAUGGUGUCUUCAUAGUAUUAUCCCAGCAUGCUGUCGGAUUGAUAAAGGUUCUCAACUUGCUAGUGUUACGAUCCACAUCACCGCUGAUACCUCCCGAAAGGCGUAUUGAAUAUCUACGAUAUACCAUUAUCACGUACCAGCGAACAGCAAUCUACGUGCAGCAAAUUCAAACAAUUUUUAAGCAAAUUAGUCUAUCCCAAUUCGUAUUUAGCUUGAUCAUAUAUGGCUUCGUUCUAUUCGAAUUGAGUUUUGGUUUAGAAUCAAGCAUAACAAUCUUCAUCCGAAUGAUAAUGUACAUUGCGGCCGGUGGAACCCAAAUUGUUAUAUAUUGUUACAAUGGCCAACAGCUAACUACAGUGAGCGAGCAAAUUCCGUUUUCAUUUUACACGUCUAAAUGGUACGAAGAAUCGGAAAAGUUUAAACAACUUAUUCGUAUGAUGAUUUUGCGAACUCAUCGUAACUUCCACUUGGAGGUUUCAUGGUUUACUUUGAUGAAUUUGGCCACUUUAAUUGCUCUAUUCAGGAUGAGCGGUUCGUACUUUUUGUUAUUGCGCAACCUUCAAGAAAAAUAA